CUGAGCUGUGAGCUGCUAACUGCGAGCUGCGCUGCGGAGUGAACCAGUCACUUGGCAGAGAGCUGCGAAGGAAGCCAGACAGCUCUCUGAGAGCUGCGGAGGAAGCCAGACAGCUCUCUGAGAGCUGCGGUGCCAGCCAGGCAGCUCUCGCUGAGAGCUGCGGUGCCAGCCAGGCAGCUCUCGCUGAGAGCUGCGGUGCCAGCCAGGCAGCUCUCGCUGAGAGCUCUGGAGGGAUCCAGGCAGUACUUGCUGAGGGCUGCCGGUGCCAGCCGGGCAGCCCUCGCUAAGUGCUACGGAGAAAACACGCAGCAUUCUCCGGGAGCGGUGGAGCGAGCCAGUCAGGCUGGCUCGCUCCCUUUUCAGCUUUCAGGCUGGAGGGGGAUCCUGGACAGCCACGUCGGCAUGCUCAGCCCUGGAAGAAGAAGCGCAGCGCUCGGAGACGAGCCGCCACCGGUCAAGCAAGGGACAUGUCACAGCUAAGUACGAAUCCGGGCGAUUCCAGCCCACCGGACUCCCCUUUGCCUCCGGUCCAGGUCCAUAGCCGCCCUACGGUUCUGAUGCGGGCUCCGCCUGCUUCGUCCCGGGCUCCUCCAGUCCCUUGGGAUCCACCUCCAGUGGACUUGCAGGCUCCCCUGGCUUCAUGGCAAGCUCCUCAGCCUGCCUGGGAGGCUCCAGAGGGCCAGCUGCCUGCCCCAGUGGCUCAGCUGGCCCAGCCUCCUUCACUAGGGGCCCCAAUGGUCCAGGCUCCCCCGCUGGGAGGGCCUAUGACCCAGCCUCCAACUCCCGGAGUCUUGAUGCUGCAUCCUUCUGUCCCGGGGGGCCCUUUGGCUCAUCAUACAACCCCAGGAACCCAAAUGACACACCCUCAGCCUCCUCCUGGGACCCAGAUGGCGCACCCUCUUCCUGGGACCCCAAUGGCCCACCCUCCUCCUCCUCCGCCUGUGACCCCGAUGGCCCACCCUCCACAUCCUGGGACAUCUAUGGGCCAUCCUCUUGUACCUGGGAACCCGAUGGUCCAUCCUCUCACACCUGGGGCCCCAAUGGUUCAUCCUCCCCAACCUGGAACUUCAAUACCGCACGCUGCAAUUCCGGGGACCCAGCCACCAACUCCAGGAGUCCUGAUGGCCCAGCAGCUGUCACCGGGAGUCCUGAUGGUCCAGCCGACUGCUCCAGGAGCUCCGAUGGUCCAGCCUCCUCCGCAGGCUACCUUGAUGACCCAGCCUUCGUCUUCAAUAACUCAGAUGGCCAAGCAUCCAGGUCCUGGUGUCGUGAUGAUCCAUCCUCCAGGUGCCAGAGCUCCGAACAUUCAGACUCCAGUGUCAGGAGCACCGACUGCUCAGCCAGUAUUGCCCCCAGGGCAACCUCUGGCUUCGUGGGCCCCACAGAGUCAGCCUUUGAUCCUGCAAAUCCAGUCUCAACUCAUGAGAACUCCUCAACAGGUUCCCCCUAUUCCAUCAACACCACAGGUGCAGCUUGCCACAGCCCCAGGCUGGCAAGCCACCACACCCAACUGGCAAGUGACCCCCCAGGGUUGGCAGGGGACGCCCUUGGCCUGGCAUUCCACGCAGGUCACUUGGCAGACCCCAACCCUAGCCUGGCAGACCCCUGCUGUGCGCCAAGGGCCCUCACCCAUUCGUUCUGGUCCCACACCCAUUCGACCUGGACCACCACCUCCAGUACUCCGCCAGAUGCCACCUGUGGUCCGUCAGACCCCACCACUGACCCACCAGACCACCGCUGCACCUGUCAGACAACCACAGCCUCCGCUGUGGCAACUCCUGCCACCCCCACCUCCACUGCGUCAGGCUCCACAGGCUCGUCUCCUGGCUCCCAGGAUGCCAGGGCCACAAACAGCACCUCAAGUUACUCAGAUACAUUUGGUGCCACAGACAGGCCCACAGGUGUCCCAUCCAAUGCUGUCAGCACCACUAUCUAUCCCAAUUCCUGUGCCCCAGGCUGCCUCUCAGUCAGCUCCCCGAGUUGUGCAUUGCCCAUCCAUCAUCUGGCAGGCCACCAGAGGCCAGCGCCAGGUGCCAGAGGAGCUCGAGGUGCCCCAGGAGCUCCAGAUGCCAGAGGAGCUCGAGGUGCCACAGGAGGUCGAGGUGCCAGAGGAGCUCCAGGUGCCACAGGAGGUCGAGGUGCCAGAGGAGCUCCAGGAGUCAGAGGAGGUACCGGUGCCACAGGAGGUCCCAGUGCCACGUGAGGUCGAGGAGCCGCAGCAGCUCCAGGUGCCACAGGAGGUCCCAGUGCCACAGGAGGUCCAGGUGCCACAGGAGGUCCGGGUGCCACAGCAGCUCCAGGUGCCACGGGAGCUCCCAGUACCACAGGAGCUCCCCGUGUCAUUGGAGUUCCAGGAGGUACAGCAGGCCCAGGCAAUGGGCUGGCAGGCACCCAAGGUACGCACUCACUUCUGGCAGUCUGGGUCUGCCCAGGAGGCCCAGGAGCAGGCCACUCCGCCCACCCGUGUGGAGCAGCAGCAGCCCUCUCGGGGAGUUCAACCCUCCCGCAAGGUCCUGCAAACUCGGCGAGCUGCCCACCAGGCCCAACCCGCAGGCAUGCAGGCAGAACAGCCCUCAAUCCAACUGCAGCCUUCUUGGCAAGGGCCAGCCCCCACCAUGCAGGCACAGCGUGGAGCCUCCAGAGGACGGACAAAUUUUCCCAGGGGCUCCCCUAGAUCUCUCAUGCCUCCGUCAGGAGAACCUAGCCCCACUUCUGUAGAACCUCGGGGCCCUCCCAGAGAUCGUAGGGGCUCUUCAAGGGGCAGAAGGGGCCCUCCCAAAGAUCGCAUGAUCAUUGGUGCCACCUUCUGUGCUCCAAGGUCAGCAUCAGCUUCCAGGGCAUACCUGCCAACUGCCUGGGGAAAUGGACCUGCCACAUCAGAGACCUUAACUGCCACCUCAAGGGUUCUUCCAUCUACCUCUCAUUUUCAGCCUGCUUCUUCUAAUGGCUUCAGGGGUCCAUCUGCCACCUCAGAGAGCCCAAAGUCACUGCCAUUUGCUCUGCAGGACCCUUAUGCCUGCGUAGAGGCCCUGCCUGCAGUUCCCUGGGUCCCAUAUGCUGAUGUGAACAGUUCAUCAGCAUGUAAGGCAGUGCCCACCAUCCUGAUGGUGACAGCAGCUGCCCCCGAGGCAAGUGCCACCAUCGCAGAGGCCUCGAAGUCUGCAGAGCCACCACGGCGCUCCGGCAAAGCCACCAGGAAGAAGAAGCAUCUGGAACCCAAGGAGGACGACGGUGGCCAAAGGAUGGCCUCACGUGACUGGCGGGGCCCCAGACCCUGUGAGAAUCCCAGGCAGAAUGACUGGGAGAUGCAAAGAGCUAUGCAGCUCUUGGGGGAACAGGAACCCCUCUACACUUCCCAGGGUCUGAAUGGCUGGGGACGCCCCAAUAACUCUAGAAUUCCAAGGGGCUUCGAUGGUCCCAGCACUUCACAGGACCACCGGUUCUGUGGUGCCUCAGGGGGGUCUCAGCCAUGGAUGGUCUCUGAGGUGCCAAGUGUCUCUCGAGGAUCUAGUGCUGUUCAGGAGGACCCUAAUGGGGAGAGUCAGGCAUUAUCUCCCUUAGAUGAGAGGGCAAAUGCUCUGGUACAGUUUCUCUUGGUCAAAGACCAAGCCAGGGUGCCCGUCCAGCUCUCAGAGAUGGUGAAUGCUGUCAUCAGGGAAUAUAAAGAUGACAGCUUAGACAUCAUCAGUCGUGCCAAUGCUAAGUUAGAGAGCUCCUAUGGGUGUCAACUGAAGGAAAUUGACACCAAAACCCACACUUACAUCAUCGUCAAGAAGACGGGGCACCCUCAGUGCAAUAUGCUGACAUCUUACUUAGACAGGCCAAAGUUCAACCUCUUGAUGGUGGUCCUGAGCCUCAUCUUUAUGAAAGGCUACUGUAUCAGGGAGAAUCUGCUCUUUAGUUUUCUGUUCCAGUUAGGACUGGAUGUCCACGCAACAAGUGGUCUCUUCAGAAGUACGAAGCAGCUCAUCACCAGCGUGUUUGUGAGGCACAGGUACCUAGAGUACAGGCAAAUCCCGUUCACUGAGCCUGCAGAAUACGAGCUUCUCUGGGGUCCCCGGGCAUUCCUCGAGGCGAAUCAGAUGCACAUCUUCAGGUUUUUGGCCUCACUCUAUGAAAACCAGGCCCAGAUCUGGACAGGCCAGUACCUUCAGUCAUUGGCACAGUUAGAAUACACAAACACAAAUGAGGAGCCCAAUGACAGCGAUGAUGAUUCCCAUGGCACCACCAGCAGUGCCCACCCUCAUUAAUAGGUGUUGCCAAGAUGAACUUAUUCCUAUGGGUACCAGGCCAAAGACCACGGACAGUAGGUACCAGGCCAAAGGCGACAGACAAUGGGUACCAGGCCAAAGGCGACGGACCACGGGGGAGCGGGAGAAGGGGGCAACGGAUAAUGGGUACCAGGCCAAAGGCAAAUGACAAUAGGUACCUGGCCAAAGGCGACGGACAAUGCGUACCAGGCCAAAGGCAACGGACAAC